UCGUCUAACGGGACUCCGAUUAACAUGAAAAGUGAUAGUUUUCGAGAAAUUCAUUUGAAAAAUAUUAGCUUCGAAUGUGUGAUUUUUUACCAGCUGUUGUUUUAAGCUAAAAAUCCGGAGUUCUGACCAGCGGUCUCGUACCUCGUGGUACUUUUUUAAUGUGUUGAGAAUCUAGCUAAGAAUCAUACUUGAAAUGGAUGAUUAUAAUCAUAGGACCACGGUCAAAUUAGAUGAAGACAUUAAGGAUGUAGAAGAGCAGCUUUCUGAAAUCUCAAAGAAAAAAUCAAGACCUAAUGACAUUGAAAAAUCUACUGACGUUCCUUGUCCGACAACCCACCACGAUCGUCAAACUACAACCAAUGGAGAUGCAUAUAAUUUUGGAGAAACGUCGGUCAAAGUUGAAGUAGAUGAAGUGCAUGGAAAUAUUUUUGAAUCCGUGAUAGAGAUUAAAAGAAGUUGGUUUUUGGAUGUGCCAAUGACCAUCAACGAUUUGGACGAAACACAGUCAUUUAUCUGCGAAUUAUGUAAAAAGUCUUUUAAUACAAAAAAAAGAGUGGCCCAACACAUAACUCAAUCACAUAGUGCACAUUCAACCAACCAUAAGAAUUUGUCAUCUAAAUCCAAGAUCACACAACACCGACGACGUGUGCACACUAGUAAAAAGCCCUACAAAUGCGAUGAGUGCCCAAAGUCUUUUUCUUAUUUAUCGGCAUUUACAAUACACAAACGAGUGCACACUGGUGAGAAGCCCUACAAAUGUGACUUAUGCCUUAAGACCUUUACUUUAAAACUCCACCUAACACAACAUACACGCGUGCACACUGGUGAAAAGCCUUUUAAGUGUGACUUAUGUCUAAAGUACUUUUCUGUAAAAUCCCACCUCACACAACACAAACGCGUGCACACUGGUGAAAAGCCGUAUAAAUGUGAUGUGUGUUCAAAGUCAUUUUCUGAUGGAUCAGCUUUUAUAAGACAUACACGCUUGCAUUCUGGCAUAAAACCGUACAAAUGUGAUGUGUGUUUAAAGUGUUUUUCUGAAAGCGGCCACCUCAACACACACAAGCGCGUACACACUGGUGAAAAGCCCUACAAAUGUGACAUGUGCUCGAAGUCGUUUUCUCAAAAACCUCACCUCACAAAACACAAACGCGUGCACACUGGAGAAAAGAACUACAAAUGUGACGUGUGCUCCAAGUCAUUUUCUGAAAAACGCCACCUCACACAACACAUACGCGUGCACACUGGUGAAAAGCCCUACAAAUGCGAUGUGUGUUUAAAGUGUUUUUCUGAAAAAGGCCACCUCAACACUCACAAGCGCGUGCACACUGGAGAAAAGCCCUACAAGUGUGACAUGUGCUCCAAGUCAUUUUCUGUAAGUAACAACUUAACAAAGCACAAGCGCUUGCACACCGGUGAAAAACCAUAUAAAUGUGAUGUCUGUUUAAAGUCAUUUCAUGAAAAAAGCGAUUUGAUAAAACAUAUACGAGUGCACACUGGAGAAAAGCCCUACAAGUGUGAUGUAUGCUCGAAGUCAUUUUCUGAAAAUCCCCACCUCAAACAACACUUACGCGUGCACACCGGUGAAAAGCCAUAUAAAUGUGAAGUUUGCUCUAUGUGUUUUUCUUCUAAAAGCAAUCUAGUAAAACACAAACGCGUACACACCGGUGAAAAGCCUUAUAAAUGUGAAGUUUGCUCCAUGUGUUUUUCUUCUAAAAACAACCUAAUAGUACACAAACUCGUGCACACUGGAGAAAAGCCCUUCAAAUGUGAUGUAUGCUUAAAGUUAUUUGCUCAAAAAUCCCACCUCAUCAGACAUAAAUACAUGCACACAGGUGAAAAGCUGUACAAAUGUGCAGUGUGCUUAAAGUCAUUUACUCGACACUCAACGCUGAGAUUACACAAAUGUACAAGCAAGUGAAUAAUGUUUUUGUGAUGUGUGUGUUAGGCUACAACAGCAGAUACACACUUGCUAGAAGCUCAGUCAGUAAGAUAAAAUUAUUUAUUUAUGUGUAAAAACUGAUU